GGAGAGAAAAGACCCAACAGGAAGAAAAGAAGUUCAGAGAAAGGAUCUGCAAGUUUGCAGGCUGGGGUAAAAAAACAACAACGGCAACAAACAAUGGCCUGACCCGGAAUGAGCGGGCCGGAUCCUGCUUGCAAAAACUCCAAAACCUGCACGUUUGCAAAGCUUCUCUUCUUCUGGUCGCUCCUCCUCUGCAGCAGCAACAAAAAAACUUUUCCAAAAAGGCUAUUCCUUCCCCCGGAAGACCCAUCAUGACCGACAGCGAGAUGGACUUCAAGUCGGAGGCGAUCUCAGCGACCGGCACCGCCACGGAAACCCCAGAGACCCUCUCCAUGGACUUGGGGGAGGGCACAGCCACAGAGACAGAUGCCCCCGGAAAAGAUGCUCCUCCUAUCAGGGAACAGCCCGGUCCCGAUCCCGGCAGUCUACAAGCCCCCAUUCCAAAAGCAGACUCCGGGAUCUGCAAUCAGGCGGCGCCCGGAACCCAGAGCGGCUCAGAUAUUGCCGAGGGAUCCGAUCGGCUUUUGAAUCCACCAGAUUCCAGCCCCCAAGGUUACAAGCAAGCGGUCAACCAGGGUUGCAGCAGGGGCUUGAUGGAGGCGUCUCCUGAACCCACAGCCAGGGAGCCCAGCUGGACGUCAGGCCCCCAAGAAGCCUUGGGGGAAAGCGACCUGCAGCCUGCAGGCGCAGACCCGGCCGAGCUUCCCGUAGAAAUGGAAGAUGCGGACAUCGCCCGGGAGGAAGAGGACGCCCCGGAUUCCGAUCACCUGCAUCUCCACGGCCUCCUGACCCGCCUGCAGCGACUCAGCCCCAGUUUUGAGGACCGAUCGCCCACCUCCGAAGAUGGGCUGCUGCCUGCCUCCGACGGCGAGGAAGGCCGCGUUUCCGAAGGAGACGGAGACCCUCUCCUGGUGCCUGACGAGUGCCGGGGGCCGCCGGGGGCCUGCGCCCCUUGCCCGCUCCACAUUGCCACAGGGCACGGGCUGGGCCCCCCGCCGCCCCAGCGGAGGGGGCAAGGGCUGCUAUCGGUGGAGGUCGAGAGCGAGGAUCUGCUCAGCCUCCUGCGCUGCGAACGGGGGCCGCUUGCCGAGGCAGGCGCCCAGACGCCCUUGGCUCGCUCAGACGCGGUGGCCAGGAGCAGCCGCUCCAGGGGAAUGGCCCCGGGUGAAUUGGCCUCGGACAGGGCUCAGGGGGAAGGCCCCCGCCGGUGGAAGGAGCCACCCCUCUCCUCCGCUGAUUCCGUUUUGGAGGAAUCUUCCCUGGAGCCGGGCUGGAGGCGGCCGGCACCGGGAUCCACCCGUGAGGAAGAGGCGUCCUGCUCUUCAGACGUGGCGGAUAAAGCGGAUUUGUCGUCCUUGCCAACAUUCAAGGAAGUCCCAGGCCCCUGCGAGCCCGAAGAUCUGCUGGACGGCGUGAUCUUCGGGGCCAAGUACCUGGGCUCCACGCAGCUGGUCUCGGAGAGGAACCCCCCGACGCACGUCCGCAUGGCCCAAGCUCAGAAAGCCGUGGACAGGGUCAAGGCCCCGGAAGGAGAAUCCCAGCCCAUGACCGAGGUGGACCUCUUCAUCUCCACGCAGAGGAUCAAGGUCCUUACGGCCGACUCCCAGGAGGCGAUGAUGGAUCACCCACUGCAAACUAUCUCCUACAUCGCCGACAUCGGGAAUAUCGUGGUCCUCAUGGCCCGCCGGAAACUGCCUCGCCGUGCUGACGCCUCUGCUGAGAAGCAGCUCUACAAGAUGAUCUGCCACGUCUUCCACUCAGCGGAUGCUCCCUUGAUAGCCCAAGCUAUCGGGCAAGCUUUCAGCGUCGCAUACCAGCAUUUCCUGAGGGCCAGCGGCAUCGACCCCGACCAGCUCCAACCCCGGCGGUGCAGCGACGACGAGGGCGACGAAAGCUUUGCUCAGGGGGAAGAGCUGUACAACGGCGAUUUGGCGCACUUCUCCAAGCAAGAGAACUGUAAGGAAGUCGUCAUCCACAAACAGAAGGGGGAGAUCCUGGGCAUCGUGAUCGUGGAGUCGGGCUGGGGCUCCAUCCUGCCCACCGUAGUGGUGGCCAACCUCAUGCACAAAGGGGCGGCGGAGCGGUCGGGGAAACUGAGUAUCGGGGACCGCAUCAUGUCGGCCAACGGGACCAGCCUGGUGGGGUUACCCUUGGCUUCCUGCCAGGGCAUCAUACGGGAUUUGAAAAGCCAGACUGUGGUGACCCUCAGUGUGGUCCACUGCCCGCCUGUCACCACCGCCAUCGUGCGGAGACCUGAUGCGAAAUACCCGCUGGGGUUCUGCGUGGAGAAUGGCAUUAUCUGCAGCCUCAUGCGAGGGGGAAUCGCCGAGAGGGGCGGCAUCCGCGUGGGACACCGGAUCAUUGAGAUCAACGGGCAGAGCGUGGUGGCCAUGCCGCACGAGAAGAUCAUCCAGAUCCUGACUCAGGCAGUCAGUGAGGUCCACAUCAAAACCAUGCCAGCAUCAACGUACCGUCUUCUGACUGGCCAAGAGCAACCGGUUUUCCUAUGAAGGGAGAAUUUUUCGGAGGUGGGGAGGGCGGAUCUCCUGCAUCUGCUUAACAAGUUGCAUGCGGCCCCCUUCGCAAACCAGACUUUGUGCACCAAAAGGGGUCCUCUCUGAAUUCAGACAUGCCUGCCUCUCAUCGGGACAUUUUCCUCCACCUCCUGAAUCGCAAGAGCAGGAAAAAGGGGUUUUCUUUUGCUUUAACUGGGAGUGUGUGUUUGUGUGUGGUUUAUUUUGAGGUGCUGGUAAACUGUCCAUCUUCAAGCGGGGCUCUGCAAGGUCGGUUUUGGUGCUAGAACGUGAUGGAUAUGUGGGGUUUGUGUGUGUGUGUGUGUGGAAUUGGGAAGCCACUAAGAAGCAGUGGGAGAAAGGCUAUACCCCAUCUCAUGUCCUGGAAAGAGCAUAGCUGGGAACUGAUUACGUGGGGACUGUUUUUCCCCUUGAGGUGCUAGAUUUCUCCUUGCAGGGAGGUUGGGUUAAAUAUUAUAAAAGAAACAAAACGCUUUGCAGUGGGACAGUCUACACCAGGCACCCCCAAACUGCGGCCCUCCAGAUGUUUUGGCCUACAACUCCCAUGAUCUCUAGCUAACAGGACCAGUGGUCGGGGAAGAUGGGAACUGUAGUCCAAAACAUCUGGAGGGCCGAAGUCUGGGGAUGCCUGGUCUACACCCACCUCAAUGCUCUACCUCUUUCUGAAAUAGACCAGAUUUCCCCACAACACUCUCUCUCUCUCUCACACACACACACAGUCAUGCUGUGUGUUAAAAACUUUGGCAGCUGGUCUUUGCAACAAGAAACGGGUCCGAAGCAAAGCUCGCAGCAGGCACGCAUCCACAAAACUUUCUGUAAGGGGCGGGGAAUGGGCUGCCUUGCUGAUCGUCAGAUGAAAUGCUGAAAAAAUAAAUAUGUCUGGACCGGUUUAUCACUUCACAAGGGUGUGAGGGAAUGCAAACCUGCAUUUCCUGCAGUCGGAAAUCUAGCAUAUCAGGGGAAAAGGUUAGGGCAGAGCCUAACCUGGCCUUUUGUAUAUAUAUAUAUUUAAAAAACCUUUAGGGUGAGCACAUGGUGGAUAUGUUUUUUUGGGAAGCGGAGGGAGAGUUUUGUGCCUGCAAGGUUGUACUAAGUAAGGCUGCUGCCAGUUUGAGCAGGGAGGCAGGGCUCCUUUGAAUCUGGGUCUUUCCCAUCCAAAGUCAGCCUCCUCAAGCUGUUUUUUGCUCCCCCCCCCCGUCCCCACUGGUGUGGAGCAAUUUCCCCCAGCUUGAGAGGCGUUUUUAAGCAGGAAAGUGGUUGGAACGGGGAGGGUUAAGCAGGCCCUCCCCACCAUCAUUUCCCUGCUCAAACUGGCAGCCUCCUGUGACUCUUUUCUCUUUUCUCCAUUUACAAUUCUGACAAACAACUUGCUUUAACGUCUCAAUUUCUCUAUUCUGAGAAACCACCUGCGAAGCUCUGUUGAGGUGUGUGGAUUUGUGCGUUCUUUUAAUGAUGUGAACAUUUUCGGAAACGAAUGAUGAAAUAAAUCUGUAAAGCAAGGAUCUCCAGGAAAGCUAUCCGGAGUUUCCAACUCCUGCCUACAGGACCCAAACCCUGACACACACACACACACACACA